AUGCAGACUUCAUACUUCCUCUCCUUCACAUCCCUCCUGGCUCUGACCAGUGCACAUGGAGUCAUUCUUGGAGCACAGGGCGAGGAUGGAUCCCCAGCAAGUGUGGGUUUCCAAGUCAACCCGGACAUCGCCAGAAACUGCACCAGCAUCAACCCGUGCCAGCAAGACGCAACCAUCAUCCGUGACGCUGAGAUUGCCGCAAACACCGUCAACGAGUGCGGGCGCACGGAGCUUGCUGGCAAUAUCGACAUUGGCGAGAACACGGAGAAUGCCCUCUCUGCCAACGCUGUGACCGAGGUCAAGGCCGGCACCAAAAUGACGGUCACUAUCCACCAGGUCAACGCCGAUGGCGCUGGUCCCUACACUUGCGACCUUAUCGAGGCCGGCAACAACGGUGUCAUCAGCCAAAACCUGACUGUUGAGAACAACGUCCCCGGUUCCAACGGUUUCUCUCAGGCCAAGGAGCAGCAGUUCAACGUGACUGUCACCAUGCCUGACAGCUUCAACUGUGUUGGCGCUUCCACCGGCAACGUGUGCACUGUCCGCUGCCGCAACAACGCCCAAGCCGGUCCCUUCGGAGGUUGCUUCGCUGUCCAGCAGACCGAUAACACGGCCAAUGUAAAUACUGCCUCCAACAUUGAGACCAACCUUUCUGCCGAAAAGGUCGACAAGCAGGUCGCUGUGGACCAGGCUAACUUCCCCGCCGCUGUGAAGGCCAACCAGGACGCCGGCACCCCCGAGGCUCUCGCAAACCUCGCCGCUGCCCAGGCCGUUGGUGGUUUGGAGGUCACCAGCAGACCGGCGGCGACUGAGACCCCUGACGUUAUCCUUGGUGGCAACGCUGCUUCCGCCACCCCCACCAAUGAUGCCAAUGCCGCCGCUGAGACUGGCAACGGAAACGGACGUAAUGGCCGCAACCGCAAGGGAAACAACAACAAGCGCGACAGAAUCGCACGCCGAUAUGUCAUGGCUGGGAAGGACUUUAAUGCCGUUGAGCAGAACUAA